AGGAGUCACUCCUCUCUCCUGCUGUUCUGCUGUGAGUGAGUCUGCAGGGCGAAAAGCUCUCCGCCGAGGAAUUCAACAGGAGCUGCUGAAAGGAGCUGGUUUCUGUCUGUCACCCAGGAGGUGCAAACCUUGCGGUCUAAGAGGCCUCACCUGCCCUCCCUCAUCCUCCUCCCCUCCCCUCCCACCUCCUGUCUGAGCCCUGCACCUGUUCUGACUCGUCAGCCAGGUGAGGGGGAUCCUCUGGCCUUACGCUGUUUUUUCAGCUGACCAUAGCUGUGGGGCAAUUAGGAACCCAGUCUAUUCAUUUGACUGGAUUACUGCUUUACUCUGUAUCUCUCUCUGUGUCCCUCUCCCUAUAACCCACCUCCCUUCCCUCCCUGCCUAUCCCUACCCCCCUCCCACUCCAUCUCCGUCUAGCCCAGCCUGAGCCUGCUUGACACUGUGGCUGUGGGUACGUGUGGAGCUGCAGAAAUUUCCCUGCUGGAGUAAAAGUGUGGAUCACAUUGCAAGGACACGGGCGGGAAGAAAGGGUGAAAAGUUAUUCUCCUGGUGGACAGAAAUUGGGUGAGCAUUGGACAGCUGAGAGAGAACAGAGAAAAGAAAACUCCAAACCAAAGGAUUCUGCAGUUGGAAGAGCAGCAGGUAUGAAAAGCCAGACUGUGGUUGUGUCUGUGGCUCUGCUGGCCCUGUGCUGCCUGCUGAUCCCCAGAGGAGGGGAGAGUGCUGGGGGGAUAGUUUCUCUCCGGCAGACUGAAGGGGAGAGGCAGGCAGGGGAUCAGUCGCGAGAAGAGUCCCUGGAUGACCCAGAAAGUGAGCAUGGACUUGCACUGGACCCACACCCACUGGGAGGCAGCAAGAAGGGGAAGAGAGACACAGAGGAGGCUGCACAGGCAGGUGUUUCGGACAGGGUGAGGAGAGCACCAGACGAAGGCAAAAAGAAGAAGAAGGACAAGAAGAAAAACAAAGACCCCAACGCCACCAAAAAGCCCAAAACUGACAAGAAGGGAAAGAAGAAGGACAGGCAGACAACAACCACAACUCUACCACCAACCACGACACCAAUCCCGACUGAACCACCCACUGAACCACCCACUGAACCCUACACAGACUACCCCUAUCCUGAUGUUGACACUGAUUACUGGAAACCAGAAGAUGACUACUGGGAGGCUGAGCUCACACCAUCCAAGCCCCCGCCCGAGGCUCCGAUCACAGAUCUUCCAUACGACUACUGGAAGCCGGAUGAGGAAGACCCAGGUGCUCCAGUAACAGACACCUACGAUGACUACUGGAAACUAGCUGAGAAAGAGCCGACCACCCCGGUGCCUGACCCCUACGAUGACUACUGGACACCAGAUGAUAAAGAACCAUACGCUCCUGUGACUGAUAACUAUGACACCUACUGGAAAGAGGUGGACCCGACGCCCCCUUCCCCUGAGGUUGAUGGGAAGGCUGGGACAGAUGACACCGAUUACUGGGACUCCACAUACAAGGUGCCAGAGAGUCUUCCAUUCCCUGACGGUGAAGAGGUCAGCCCUGAAAUCGAAGUAGAAACUCUACCAGACAUGACCACAACCACUCCUACCGAGUCGAUAGCGUAUGAUUAUUACGACGAAUACGGAAUGACGAGGAAAGAAGAGACAGACGACAAAUGGAUGGAGAAGGAGAGGGCGAGAGCAGAAAAAGAAAGAGAGAGGGAAGAGAGAGAGAGAGCGCAGAAGCUGAAGGAGGCAGAGGAGCGGGCCAGGAGCAGACCACGUGUCUUCAAAGAGCCAAAGAAGUGUCCUCCCUUGGGGAUGGAGUCCCAUAAGAUCGAGCCAGACCAGCUUUCAGCCUCCUCUGUGUCUCAGUAUAGCUUUGCACCUCAGAGGGCGCGCCUCAACAUGCAGGGCUCAGACGAUGAAGACAACGUGAGAGGCGGAGCGUGGUGUGCAAACUCAGAGGACAGGGUCCACUGGUUCGAGAUAGACGCUCGCAGGGAGACGGAGUUCACAGGAGUCAUCACACAAGGACGAGACUCCCCGAUCGAGGGUGACUUCGUGACGUCCUACUUCCUGGCUUUCAGCAAUGACAGCAGAGAAUGGACCACCAUCCACGAUGGAUACGCUGACUGGUUGUUCUUUGGAAACAGUGAUAAGGAGACUCCGGUGAUGAACCAGCUGGCACAGCCCGUGCUGGCCCGCUACAUCCGAAUCAUUCCUCAGAGCUGGAACGGCUCUCUGUGUAUGAGGCUGGAGGUCCUAGGCUGCCCCCUGCCUGGUCCAGCUGUUCAGUACAGGCAAAAUGAAGUGACUCCAGUAGAUUACUUGGAGUUCAAACAUCACAGCUACUCAGAGAUGAUUGCACUUAUGAAGUCAGUGAAUGAAGAGUGUCCCAACAUCACCAGUAUCUACAGCCUGGGCCGCAGCUCCAGGGGCAAAGAAAUCAUGGCCAUGGUCAUCUCUGGCAACCCCACAGAGCACGAAAUAGGUGAGCCCGAGUUUCGCUUCACGGCAGGUCUCCACGGAAACGAGGCCGUGGGUCGGGAGAUGAUCCUGCUCCUCAUGCAGUACCUGUGCAAAGAGUACAAAGACCGAAACCCCCGAGCACAGCGGCUGGUGGAGGGAAUACGCAUCCACCUGGUGCCCUCGCUCAACCCUGACGGACAUGAGACAGCUUUCGAAGCGGGAUCUGAGCUGAGUGGGUGGACCACAGGACACUUCACAGAGGACGGCUUUGACAUCUUCCAGAACUUCCCCGACCUGAAUAGUAUCCUGUGGGAUGCUGAAGAUAAAGGCAUGGUGCCCAAACUCACCCCCAAUCACCACGUACCCAUACCAGAGAACUUAGAGGCCAACAGCUCGAUUGCUGUGGAAACCAGGGCCAUAAUCUCCUGGAUGAAAAGCCAUCCAUUUGUGUUGGGUGCAAACUUCCAGGGCGGGGAGUCAAUUGUGGCUUAUCCUUAUGACAGCUUACGUCUCAACAAGCCUGCCGAGAGCCAGAAGCCCCACAGCCGCAAGAAGAGACAGUACGAAGAAGAAGGUUUUGAUGUGACGGAGUGGGGAAGGGGCUACCACGAGGAGCCAGAGGAAGACUGGAGAGGAAGGGGAUACGCAGAGCCAGAGGAGGAGUGGAGGGGCCAAGGCUACGACCAUGGCCAAGGCUACGACCACGGCCAAGGCCAAGGCUACGACCACGGGCAAGGCCAAGGCUACGACCAUGGGCAAGGCUACGAUCAUGGCCAAGGCUACGACCACGGCUACGACCAAGGUUAUGGCCGCAGAGAGGAGGAAGAGGAUGACAGAGGAAGAAACGCCGGCUACCAGUACGCCGAGCCCGAGGAUGAGCCUCGUGUGAUUGCAGACGAGUCCCUCUUCAGGUGGCUGGCUGUCUCCUACGCCUCCACACACCUGACUAUGACACACAACUACCACGGCUCCUGCCACGGAGACACUCCCACAGGGGUGCACGGCCUCGUCAACCGGGCCAAAUGGAAGCCAAUCACAGGAAGUAUGAAUGAUUUCAGCUACCUGCACACAAACUGCUUUGAGCUGUCCAUAUUCCUGGGAUGUGAUAAGUUCCCUCAUCAGAGUGAGUUGGCGUACGAGUGGGAGAAGAACAGAGAAGCAAUGCUCAUCUUCAUGGAGCAGGUGCAUCGUGGCAUCAGGGGCAUUGUGAAGGACCAGCAGGGGAACGCCAUCGCAAACGCCACUGUGUCUGUAGAGGGGAUAAACCAUGACGUCACUACAGCACCAACAGGGGACUACUGGCGGCUGCUUAACCCGGGGGAGUACCGCGUGACGGCUCGAGCUGAAGGGUUCUCCCCUGUGACCAAACUCUGUGUGGUGGGUUACCAGGCAGGAGCAACCGCCUGCAGCUUCAACCUGGCCAAGUCCAACUGGGACCGCAUUAAACAGAUCAUGGCCCUCCAUGGCAACAAGCCAAUUCGACUCAGCUAUAGCACCAACAAGGUACAGCACCCUCCAGUUGUUAACGGCAACAGGCGCGUGGUUGGCAGCAACAGGGGGUAUACAGAGAACUCAGGAAUCACUGAAAGGCAGAGGAGGCUCAGGAUAGCCCGCCUCCGUCGCCUCCGGCAACAGAGAUUACUGAGGUUAAGAUCGACGACGACGUUACCACCGACAACAACCACAAUUCCCACGACAGAAAGCACCACACCCUGGUACGACUGGGCGAUAGGGGAGGGACAGUCCUCGACGCCCGGCGGUUUCAUAGACUCCAUCGUGGAUUAUAACUACGAGUACAAGAUUGAUGACUAUUAAACCAAAACACACACAGUUAACAUGCAACCGUCCUCUUCUACUUGUAGUUCUCGUUGCCAUGUUGUACGCAAGCAAUGGCAAUGUACAGAAUAUUAACUAUAUUAAUUGUAUAAAGAUAGUGUAUCUACUACUCAACAAAAUGCCUCUUCACAGAAAGUGACCCUGUUAAUUAAUGGUACUUCAGUUUGACAGUUCACACUGCCUUUGUAGGACUUGUCAGUCUUUACGAAUGCUUUUUGCUUUAUGAAAAGAUCUUUUAUUGUGGACAACCAAAGUUGAAAUAUUUACACUGUCUUCAUCCAUGGCAGAAAUAGUUUUUUCAGUAUGGACAGUCACAAAAGGUUUUGUUCAAGGCUGGUAAGAGAGUCAAAGAUUCUUCUGUCAUGUUUCCCCAGUUGGGGUAGAAGUUAUUUUUCAAAUAAAUGCUUGUUAAUACACAA